CGAUGCACUCGCGUUCUGCACUUCCUGGGAAGUGUUCCCUUUUGUUUUGGGUCAGCUCGGGCUGAUAUUUUAGCUUAGCUAGCAGGGCUGUGCGAUUUCUCAGACACCCAACGACAGUGUCCGUCGUCUUCAGGAGUGGAUUUAUAAAGCUGUCAAUGUUAUAAAAGAACGUUUUAUUAGCUAAUUGUUUAGCUAGCUAGGAUUAGCAUCAUCAGAGAUGGGGAGAUAUUUAGGUGUUUACUCGGAUAUCUGAUUGAGUUUAUCCCUCGCGGAUUGAGUGUUUAUUUUCUGUUCUGUUUCACCGAGACUCGGCUGUCUGAACGGCAGGAACCGGUCCUGAUCUUCCCAAUGGGCGAGGAGAAGCCGGAGACGCUGGAUUUCGUGAAGGACUUUCAGGAGUAUCUGAGCCAACAAACCCAACAUGUGAACAUGAUCUCAGGCUCCGUCAGCGGUGUGAAAGACACGGAGGACGUCCCGACAGAUCUGGGACAUAAUGGACUGGACCACCCACCCGUGGACAUUUCUCUGGAAGACGGGUCCAACAUGCUGGUGGACGGUUUCGAGAGGACGUACGACGGGAAGCUGAAGUGUCGUUAUUGUAACUACGCCACCAGAGGAACGGCGCGGCUCAUAGAGCACAUCCGCAUCCACACGGGUGAAAAACCUCAUCGUUGUCAUCUUUGUCCCUUCGCCUCGGCGUAUGAGCGCCACCUGGAGGCCCACAUGCGCUCUCACACCGGCGAGAAACCAUAUAAAUGCGAGCUGUGCGCAUUCCGUUGCAGUGACCGCAGCAACCUCUCACACCACCGCCGCCGACGCCACAAAAUCCUCCCCAGCAAGGGCACCCGCUCGGCUCCUCCUUCCCACCGCCGAACAAUCUCAGCGCUGUCCAAACGGGGCGGGGCUUUCGCAUACGGUCGCCGCAUCCUAGUCGACCUAGGCCUGCACAGGAAAAACGACACUGACGACAACGUUGGCGCUAGCGACGAGAGGAGCAAUCUGCACAGUCCCUACGUCAGCUUGGCCGCAAAAGAUGUAGAGAAAACGAAUGAUUUGGAACACAACCCACUCAAUCAGCUCUCCGCAUUGGCCGGACAACUUUCCAGCCUCCCGUCGGAAACGCCGGCUUCUCCCGGUGCAGACUCCCUACCCGAAGAGAAACCCUCUUUCCUCAUACAACCAUCGGCUGCCAUUUCCAGCAACGUCACCUGUCCCAUCGUUACGCUCACGUCGACGCCGGACAUUCGGGAUGCGGCCCACGGGGGGCAGUGCAGCGACCGGACGAGCACGCCCAGUAACAGCGGCACUAACAGCCAGCCGGGAACGCCGAACCCGAGCCACGAGCCUCAGCUGCUCCAGCACUGCCCCCACUGCCACAUCUACUUCCCCGAUAACGUCCUCUACACCAUUCACAUGGGUUGCCAUGGCUACGAAAACCCCUUCCAGUGUAACAUUUGCGGCCACAGGUGCAGGAACAGGUACGACUUCGCCUGCCACUUCGCCCGAGGACAGCACAAACAGUAAAUCUCCGGAACUUGGAAGAGACCGGAAGUUUUUCCAUUCAGCGUUACUGUAGGAUAUCGUAGUUAUGUACAGAUCUGGGAAAUGAGACACAUUCAGUGAAGGAUACACCGAUGUCUCUCAUUCCAUUUAUGUUAAAAAAAAAAAAAAAAAAAAAUGGCAGCUGGUGUUCCGGGGUGAAGCAGCACAGUCCAAUCAGACGAUCAGAAACAGGAAGUGUUUUUUUUUUUUUUUUUUUUUUCCCUCACUUUUACAAACAGAGGCUCAGAAUGUUUUGACAGAACCAGUGUGUAGUGUGUGUCAUUUUUCCACCGUGACUUUGUAGGCAUUGACUGAAAUUGCUCACAGAACGUAAAUUACUGAUGCACCCACCACCCGGUUUCACUUUAAACUUCCUGUUUUGGAUUGAACUGCUGUCACACAGGAUGCAACAUUGUGUUUUGUACAAAAAGAAAAAAAAAAAAAAAAAGAAAAAACCCUAAACACUUCACUAGAGGGCAGCACAUGCAUGGAUGAUCAGGAUGGGACCGGCUGGGGUUCCACUUCCUGUUUUAUCCUCUGCUCAAGAUGCCAGGAUGUAGGAUAUCAAGAAGGAGCAGAUCAGAAUAGAAAAAAGUAUAUGCUAAGUAAUUUAUAACUUUGUUUUUUCUUCUAUUUUUCCUGUUUAUAAGAAGUUAAAUAUGUGAAACUUUUAUGUACAUUGUGUAGAUUUUUUGUGGAUUUUUUUAUUAUUUUGUUUAACCAGGCAGCUACUGGACACCCAUGCCUCCCUGAUCUAGCUCACAAUGGGAACUGUGAUUGAGUAUUGAAUAAGGCAUGUGUUGAUAAUCAGUUAUCAUGAGAGUAAGGAUGCAUGAUAUUGUUAUGGAGCUUCUGAGGGUUGCAGAUGAUGGUAGUGAGGUACGUACGGUAUGGUGAUGAUAUCAUAUGCCGUGAUAAAAGUCGAGGUAAUUAUUGUGGUAUGAAAGUAUAUCGACACAUGGCUAGUAUUGAAUGGACGGUUGUAGUUGAUAAAGUGGUGUUUAGAUGUAAAACUUGAACAGUUUUUAAAGCGACAGUUCCACAAAAUGUCCACAAAUGUCCACAGUGUCUGCUUUUACUAAAGAUGUUGUCAGUCAUUCGGUGGGAAGUGGUGGCUCAGUGGUUAAGGCACUGGGUUAUUGAUUAGAAGGUUGUGAGUUUAAAUCCCAGCUCCAUUAAGCUGCCACUGUUGGGUUCCUCAACAAGACCAUUAACUCUCAAGUGCCCCGUUCUAUCCCUUCUCAAUUGUAAAUCACUUUGGGUAAAAGCAUCAGUCAAAUGAGCAAAUGAGAUGUUUUCUUUUUGCACUGGAGCUACACGGCUCCAGCUAGCCAACAUAUACCAGAUGCUUAUAGCCUCCAGUUUAGUGUGGUGCGCUAAAUGUAUAUGUACGAAUAAUCCAACAGUGGUGUCGCCUUAAUCUUCUUGCUGAUGCUGAUGUGGUUUCUUCCACCAGCUUGAAGGAUUUUCUGAAAGACCUUCACCAGCCUCAGGUACUCUGUAUUCUGACUUGUCUCCAUUAUGGGCGCACCCUGCAUUGGAGGUGGCACCAGAGAAUUCUGCUGGUGGUACAAACUGGUGGUGCUCUGGAAGUCCGGAGAAGGGAGACGAUGGUUCCCCAUGGUGCUCACCACCACUUCUAACACACAGUUCUGGUGCCUCACAAAUGGUUGCCUAUAUGGUUGGCAAUCCAGGAGACCGUAGAUGCCUGUAGAUAGAAGAGACUUUAGAUAGAAGGUUGUUCCCUUGUCAGAAAGGCAGGAUACUGUUGAAGGUACUGGAGAAACCAAAGAGCAGGAUUCUUAACACACCAAAAGUCUACCACCAGUUCUUUUGUCUUGCAUUUGGUGAGCUGAAGGUGCUUUUCCCUACACCACAAGACCUUCAUCAGCCUUCUGUAUGUUUUAUUCCGACUUGUCUCCAUUGUGGAAGCACCUUACGAUGGUGGAACCCCAGUGCUGCUCAUCAACGCCUCUGACACACAAUUCUGGUGUGACUCACAAAAUGGUAGUCUGAUGGUCAGAUGAUUUGCAAUACAGGAUUCCGUAGGGGGAUCAAACUUGUUCCCCGGUUGGAGAAGCAGGAGAUGUUGAAUUCACGGGAGAAAUCAAAGAACAUGAUUCUCCACCCUUAACUGUAGGAGGUCAAACAAUCUUGAAAAUCCACAACCACUUCCUCUGUGUUGAAUUUCCUUGCACCUCAAUAUCUCCACCAGCCUCCUGUACACUGACUUGUCUCCAUUGUGGACACACCCUACAAUGGAGGAUCCAUCAGAGAACUUCUACAGGUGGUACAAAAUUUUGUUGUUCUGAAAGGCUGAUAGGAAGAAGGUCAGGAUGAUUGUCUGAUUACCAACUCAAGUGUGGCCAGUUGGUCAAAUAGUCCAUGAUCCAAGUCAUUAUAGAGGCAUCGAGUUUGUUCCCUAGUUGGAGAGGCAGUAAUCAAAGAAUAUGAUCCUGACAGUGGGUCCGUAGAGCAUGUAGAUCAGGUCAUCCUCCACACCCAAACUGUACAAGGUCCUGAUGGUCCAUGACCAAAGGUUGGAGAAGUCUGAGGAGGAGCAACUCCAAGAUCUUCAUAAGUGCUUCUGGCCUGUAGUUAUUAAUCUUUUGCAGUUAUUGGACAACUACUUUAGCUUGGAAGCACACUUGUCACCAAACAUGUCUCGGCUGAUUGGCAACAUCUUGAAGGGACUCUGUGGACAUUUAAAUUUUAGCCGAAUUGUCGGUUUAAAAUUAAUUUUAUAUUUGCGACAGUCUGCUUUGGGGUUUAACCUUAGCUUGCUUUUUAUCCGUGCUAGAUUUAGGUAAAUGGUGCCUGAAAUAAUUUCAUAUACCUUUUGAUUUUACACAGGUUUUUUAGGUGGAGUGUGGCCUUCCUGCUGAUUCUGUAGAUUUAGAAGCAAUUAUGACAAGUCUUAAAAACCCAGAAGUUAAGUAAACAAUUAAUAGGUGUUUUUAUAACUUGAUUAAAAUAUUAUUUAUUUUUUAACAAACAACAUACUUUGAAGGCACUCAGCAUUCAUAAUGUCACUGUAUUGGUGGUUCGUCAUGGCUAAUCAUCUACAUCCACUGAAUAAUCAAGAUGGCGUACAAGCUGUGAUUUGGUUUUUAAUACACCCUUGUCCACUUCCUCUCAAUUUAGCCCUCUUGGAUACAGUUGCAAUAAUAAAACACUUUGGGUGUCGGAGAUUUUGGCUAAAUGACCCAUUGCUGUCCAGUUUUCUACCAUAACUGUAUGCUAAAUACGUACUGAUGGUUUCCAUAGAAACAACCUCCUCACUCUGGCCAGUUUUACAUGUGAAACUUUGGUGUAAUUAGCUGCAAGUCAAAAGUGAUUAUUCAUCUUCAGUCUGUAUAGUGACCUCAGAAACUAAGCUCCGCCCCCUGAGAUGAAGUGAUAGUCAACUAGCCAAUCAGGAUAGAGAGUUCAGAAUGCUGGGACUCAACCACAAGGUUUUACUUUCCAUCCAGUGCAACCUCAGAGUUACCACUGAUUGCUUUAAGACUGUCGAAUGUUUUUUUCUGUUGAACGCCAUCGUAACUUUGCUAGCAAUAACAGCAUCAGUCUGUGAUGUCAGAGAGACACACAGUUGCUAACUUCUCCCAGGAAUACAGGAAGAGCCGCACCAACCAACAAGUCAGCACCAGAAUCGCUAAACACACCUCAAAUAUUUCAGUAUGAACAUAUUUAAUGUCUUUCAGGAUGCAGUUUUCCUUUAAAUUAUAACAAAGCUCCACUGCUGUUGAGCUUUUGGGUGUCUAAUUUAUUCACACUGCCAAAUUAGCCAGAAGUCUUUCUUUCUUUCUUUUUUCUGAGAGCUGCAGUUUAUAGUGGCAGGAGGCGGAGCCACUGUUUGAUGGGUGGGGCAAAUUAUAUGAAAAAACCCUGACUGUACAGUGGCUUGCGGCACAGACACCUUUAAUACAUGAAUACUUGGUCAAGUAAGUGGUUUUGUGUACAUUCUGUAGCUAGCUUGGGCAGAUAUUCCUCCCUGGCGCUACCUAGGAAACCAUAGCAACAGGCAGCAAAUAGGACACGCCCACUAGCAAUCAGUGUAGAGUGAUUUGAACAAUGCAAGGUGAAAAAAGUGUGAAACUGUAACAUCAUGGUGAAACCAAGAGUAGCCUGCUAGCAUAGGGUGAAAUUAGCGGUUAGCAUUAGGUCUACUCAUUGCUAACAUGUUCAUUGUCACUGUCUAUCUUCUGUUUCUCGCUUUCUUUUCGUAUCUCUCCUUUUUCUCCUGCCUCUUUCAUGCUAUUGUUUUUUUUUGUGUUUCUUCUCUCAAUAUGAAGUUUUACCUUUUCCUUUUUUUUCUUUUUACUAUCUAUCUGUCAAUCUCUCCCUUAUUUCAGUAUCUGUCUCUCGUUUUUUUCCUCUUUAAUCUUCGUAUAUGUUCGUAUAUUUGGCUCUGUCACGAUUAAUAAAACUCGGCUGAUGAUUAAUUGUCACAAAACAAUGGUCACUUUUAUAAUACAAGCAUAAGCAUUUGUAUAAAAGUGCACCGCGUGUUGUGCUGUUACAGGAAAAUAAUCAAAGACAUUGCGAUGUAAUGAAGUGGAGUUACUGUUACAACCAUGAAGUUGAUUAUUUUCCUAUAACAGCAUGGCCCCAAGUGUUAUAUUCCUCUCAUACCAGAGCAAUUUGCCAAUGAUUAGAAUUUUUUAUUUAUUAAAGAAUGUAAUACUUUUUAUCCAUUUAUAGGUACAUUUGAUGUUGGGGUACAUCUGCAAAACAAAUUACUUCGGCUGAAAUUAUUAUGAUUAAUCAGUCAUGUCAUGGUUGUGACAGGCCGGUCUUUUCUUUAUCACAGUUUUUUUUUCUUUCCUCCUAAAUCCUAAAUGUUGUUCUCUCUCUUCUCUUUCUCUCUCUCUCUCUCUCUCUCUCUCUCUCUCUCUCUCUGAUGUGCCAUGCUGUAAAUGUUACCUGUAAUGUUUGUGGUGCUCUAAAUAACACGUCGCACUUCAUUUUAUUUCAUAUGAAACCUCUAAUCUGAACGAUGAUGUAUUGAAACUGCUCUUCUGGUGAAAUUGGUGUUAAAUGUUAAUAAAUUAAAAUGGUGUCCCGUG